UUGUGUCGAAAUAUUUAAAUAUUUUAACUUUUCCAAUAUGGCUGGUAAUGAGGCUGGACAUGGUGCUAUUGUCAGAAAUAGAGAUUUGAUUGAUGUGUGGAUAGAAGCACCGAGAGGAAAUAGAAAACAGGUGGUUUAUGAAAAGAUAUUAUCUCUUAUUGAUAUAAGAGAUGAACCUUCCAAACAUCUUAAAAAAGUUGAUUCGCAAGAACUUCUACAGAAAACAGCUGAAAGUAUCCUUGAAAUAAUAAAUUUUGAAGAGAGAGAUUACCGGAUUAAAGUGAUAUGCAAGUGGGGAUUUGAUGGCAGUUCUGGGCAUAGCCAAUAUAAGCAGAAAUUUUCUGAUUUAGAAAACACCGACGAAUUUCUGUUCCUUGUAGCAAUGACGCCACUCAGAUUGAUUGAUAUGGAAACGAAUAAGGUAUUGUGGAAAAAUGAGAGCCCUUCAUCUACUUUAUAUUGUAGGCCGAUAAAGUUUUUAUUUAAAAAGGAAAAUGCUGAUUUAGUGCGGAAUACGGAAAAGGAAAUAGUAACAAAAAUUUAA